AAAUCAUCACUUCCUGAAAUCGCCCUCUAUAUAUCUUUCACGAAAUAGAAACCUCGCAAAGCCUCAGCUCCACUCCCCCUUAGAUCUGCCCCUGCUGUGCUCUUUCAAUAAAAAGGUGUGGAUUUUUUAUUUGAAUUAAAGAAAUCAUGGCUUUAGGGAAAUAUAGUAGGAUAGAUAAUAGGAGAUCUUCGUCGAGCUACUGGCCAACUGUGACUGUUGUUGUGUUUGUGUCUCUUUGCUUGGUUGGAGUCUGGAUGAUGACGUCUUCGUCUGUAGCACCAGUUCAGAAUGUAGAUGUGCCCGCUCAGGAGAAGAAAAGUAAGGUGAAGGAACAGGUGGUGGAGAGCAAUGAGAGUAAUACUCAGCAGUUUGAAGAUAACACCGGCGAUUUGCCUGAGGAUGUGACAAAAGGAGAUAGUUCUGUUCAGAAGGAAAAUAAUGGAAAUACACAAGUAAACAAAGAGAAGUCUGAUGAGGAAAUUAAUUCAGAUGAUGGACUGAAUAUGGAGACACAAAAUAAUGAGAAUAAAAUGGAUGAUAGGGCUUCUAAGACUGAAGAAAAUUCAGAAUCUGGGGAGACAAAUACUGAUACUGGUGAAAGAAAUUCUGAGGAGAAUUCAAAUGAGAAUGAGACAAAGUCAGAGGAGAACUUUGAUGAUAAAAAGUAUGGAGAAAGUAUAGAUGGCCAGAUACAGGAGAAGGUGGACCAAAAUGAAGACAAGGAGUCAGAGAAAAUCUCUGAUGAUAAGAAAGAGGAUGACCAAUCGAAAAACCAGAGUUCGAAUGAGGUAUUUCCUUCUGGAGCUCAGUUGGAGCUUUCAAAAGAAACUGCCACACAAAAUGGGUCCUGGUCAACGCAAGCAACGGAGUCAAAGAAUGAAAAGGAAGCUCAGUUAUCUUCUAAGAAUCAAAGUGGAUAUGAUUGGAAACUCUGCAAUACUACUGCAGGGUUUGAUUUCAUCCCAUGCCUUGACAACAUUCAAGUGAUUAAGAGUCUUCGAUCUACUAAGCAUUAUGAACACCGAGAGAGGCACUGCCCUGAAGAACCCCCCACCUGCCUUGUUCCCCUUCCUGAAGGAUACAGACGUUCUAUUAAGUGGCCUACUAGCAGGGAAAAGAUCUGGUACUAUAAUGUUCCCCAUACCAAACUUGCGGUAGUGAAGGGGCACCAAAAUUGGGUGAAAGUUGAUGGGGAGUAUCUCACUUUCCCAGGGGGUGGAACCCAGUUUACGCAUGGUGCUCUCCAUUAUAUCGACUUCAUAAAUGAGACUGUUCCUGACAUUGCCUGGGGAAGACGUUCUCGUGUUGUAUUGGAUGUCGGAUGUGGGGUGGCCAGCUUUGGAGGUUUUCUUUUUGAUAGAGAUGUUCUGACCAUGUCAUUUGCUCCUAAAGAUGAACAUGAAGCCCAAGUUCAGUUUGCACUUGAAAGGGGAAUCCCUGGUAUAUCAGCUGUUAUGGGAACAAAGAGACUUCCCUACCCAGGCAGAGUUUUUGAUAUAGUCCACUGUGCACGUUGUAGAGUCCCAUGGCAUGUAGAAGGUGGGAAACUUCUUUUGGAGCUCAAUCGUUUGUUGAGACCUGGUGGUUUCUUUGUGUGGUCUGCUACUCCUGUUUAUCGAAAGGUUGAUGAAGAUGUUGCGAUUUGGAAUGCUAUGUCUGAGCUAACAAAAGCUAUGUGCUGGGAACUUGUGUCCAUCAGUAAUGAUACAGUUAAUGGAGUGGGUAUAGCAAUAUAUAAGAAGCCCACAACUAAUGAGUGCUAUGAGAAAAGAUCAAAACAAGAGCCUUCAAUGUGCCCAGAGACUGAUGAUCCAAAUGCAGCAUGGAAUGUUCCACUGCAAGCCUGCAUGCAUAAGGUGCCAGUAGAUUCAUUAGAACGUGGGUCACAGUGGCCAGAGCAGUGGCCUGCAAGGUUAGAGAAACCCCCAUACUGGCUGCUGAGUUCCCAAGUUGGGGUCUAUGGAAAAUCUGCACCUGAAGAUUUCAUUGCAGAUUCUGAACAAUGGAAACGGGUAGUGUCCAAGUCUUAUCUAAAUGGCCUUGGUAUAGAUUGGUCAUCUGUGAGAAAUGUCAUGGACAUGCGAUCUGUCUAUGGAGGAUUUGCUGCCGCCCUGAAAGAUGUCAAUUUGUGGGUCCUAAAUGUUGUCUCAGUAGAUUCUGCAGAUACACUCCCAAUUAUUUAUGAAAGAGGUCUUUUUGGUAUAUAUCAUGAUUGGUGUGAGUCAUUUAACACUUAUCCUAGAACAUAUGAUCUUCUUCAUGCUGAUCAUCUUUUCUCCAAGGUUAAGAAGAGGUGCAAUUUAGUAGCUGUAGUUGCUGAGGUUGAUCGUAUCCUCAGGCCAGAAGGAAAGCUAGUUGUCCGUGAUAAUGUUGAGACUAUUAAUGAAUUGGAGAGUUUGUUUAAAUCUCUGAAAUGGGAGGUUCGCAUGACCUACUCGAAAGACAAGGAGGGGUUGCUCUGUGUGCAAAAGUCCAUGUGGCGACCCAACCAGUGGGAAGAUAUUAAGUUUGCUCUUGCUUAAGCACGCUCUGCUCUCAGCUCUUCAUUUCUUGAGCCAAAAUGCUGAGACUAGAUAUUCUUUUGUUUCUGUUGCUAAUUGCAAUUCAUUGCUUCUUCCAUGUUGGCUUCGUGUAUCAUGUUGAGUAGGUUAUUAUUGUCAAAUCAUGACUUCAAAAUUUUUUUUUCAUAUCCAGUGCUUCCUCUUGUUAAAUUCCUCGGUGUCCAACUUAAAAAAAAAUUUGGCUAUUUUUAUCACAAGAUAAGCACUUGAGCGCCUGCUGUGGUAUCACUGUAAAACAAAUUUAUUUUUUGAUUUACAAUUGAAUUCUUGAAAGUGUAGAGGACAUGUAUUUUAAACUCUGUUGUACUUGAUGUUCAAUUUUAAGCAAUAUCUCAGGGGAAAUUGAAACAAACCCAUUUGCUUAUAA